AUGUCGACGGUGAACAAGGUUGCCCAUCCGUUCGAUAAGGCGCAGUUGGAGGCUCUGUUGAGCAGGAGAUUUUUCUACGCGCCUGCAUUUGAGAUCUACGGUGGCGUUGCUGGAUUGUACGACUAUGGCCCGCCUGGCUCGGCCCUGCAAGCCAACAUAAUAUCUGAAUGGCGGAAACACUUCAUCGUGGAAGAAUCAAUGCUCGAACUGGAUACCACCGUUAUGACUCCCGCUCCCGUCUUCGAAACCUCUGGCCAUGUUGCGCGAUUUGCAGACUGGAUGGUAAAGGACACGAAAACGGGCGAUGUGCUUCGAGCGGAUCACUUGGUGAAAAAUGUUCUGUCAGCGCGACUUGCAGACGACAGUGAAGUUAGACUGGGAGCACAGCAACAGCAACAGCAACCCGCAGAUGCUGCGGCUGCAAAGAAGAAGAAAAAGGACAAGACGCCGCCCAAGGUUGCCUUGGAUCCUGCCGUUGCGAAGGAAUACGAAGUGAUUUUAGCUCAGCUAGACAACUAUUCCGGUCCCGAACUGGGUGCAUUGUGUAAAAAAUAUAACAUACGGAAUCCUGACACGGACAACGAGGUUGGCGAGCCUCAGCAAUUCAACUUGAUGUUCGCGAGCAGUAUCGGUCCGACCGGACAGCAUCCCGGCUUCCUUCGACCAGAGACAGCCCAGGGUCAUUUCCUCAAUUUCUCCCGUCUCCUCGAAUUCAACAAUGGCCGUGUCCCCUUCGCCUCUGCUCAGAUAGGUCGAUCUUUCCGUAACGAAAUUUCACCACGCGCUGGUCUUCUUCGUGUCCGAGAAUUCACAAUGGCCGAGAUCGAGCACUAUGUGGACCCUGAAGACAAAAGUCAUGUUCGGUUCAAAGAGGUCCGCGAUGUUAUUCUCGUCCUCCUAGAUCGUCAUGUGCAGGCGAGCGGUAGCACUCAGGUGGUCGAUAUGAGUGUAGGCGAGGCCGUGGACAAGGGAAUCAUCGCUAACGAGACACUGGGAUACUUCAUAGCACGUAUCUAUCAAUUCUUGGUCAAGAUUGGUAUCAACCGUUCGCGGCUGCGGUUUAGACAGCAUAUGGCCAAUGAGAUGGCUCACUACGCCACUGACUGCUGGGAUGCGGAGAUCGAGAACUCGACUGGCUGGACAGAGUGUGUGGGAUGUGCCGAUCGCGCUGCAUAUGAUUUAACGGUGCACUCAAAGAAAACUGGACAUCCGCUCGUUGUACGGCAGUACCUCAAAGAGCCGAUCGUUACGGAGAAGCUGGUUGGAGACCUGAACAAGAAACUGGUUGGAAAGUCGUUCAAGCAGGAUGCCGGCGUCCUGACGAAACACAUCGAAUCCCUUGACGAACCGGAGCUCCUCAAGUUGAAGGAAGAUCUAUCUAUAGGUAACGUCAAGAUUGAAACCUCGGAAGGGAAGACGUUUGAGCUGUCUCCGGAGUUUUUAAGCAUCGAGAGAAAGACCUUCAAGCAAAACAUUUGUGAAUACACUCCAAACGUCAUUGAACCUUCCUUUGGUCUCGGGCGGAUAUUGUACACAUUGCUGGAGCAUAAUUUUUGGAGCAGAGAACAGGAUAAAGAGCGAGGGGUUCUGUCACUUCCUGCUGUGGUAGCACCGACCAAGGUCCUUAUCGUCCCCCUAAGUUCCCGGGAGGAAUUCGAUCCCAUAGUUUCAGAAAUCUCCGCCAAAUUGCGUAGAGCAGGGGUAUUCUCCCGUGUAGACGAUUCCAAUGUAUCUAUCGGACGUCGUUACGCACGAAAUGACGAACUGGGAACACCUUAUGGUAUCACUGUUGACUUUGCUUCCGUGCAAAAUAGGACUGUAACGUUGCGCGAGAGGGAUACCAUGGAUCAGAGGAUUGGUUCCAUUGACGAGGUGAUUGCGGCUGUUACGGAUUUGGUAGAGGGGACUAUGGAGUGGCCUGAGGCUUGCCAGAAAUUACCCGCUUACGAUGGUGUGCAAGCUAUCGAUUAA